CCCAUGUACAUCCAGUCUGUAUGUUUCACAUGCACACGUACAGAGUUUAUCGAGUCCUGCGGCCGGCAGCUGGAGAGGGACUACCCCGGCCUGACCGUGGAGCCGUUCGGCGGGUUGUACAUGGACGGUGUGCGGCACGCCGCCGCCCGGGAGGAGGCAAAGUUGUUCCUGUUCCUCGGCAGCAGUUUCAGUAACAUCCCGCUCCGUGAGCAGGGGAAGAUGCUACAAGAGAUCCGGGUAAACCUGAAGGCUGCUGACAGGUUUGUGCUGGGGCUGGACAUGAACACAGACCGGGAGACCUUGUUACAGGCGUACGGGAAACAGUGGGCACCGAUAUGGCGAGACAACCUCAUCAACCGUUUCAAUAAGGACUUUGAGGGAGACAUGGACGCGGAAAAGUUUGAGUAUAACGUCGACUUUGUGGAGAACCCUGCUGACGGAGACACGCCGAGCUACGUGGUCACGUAUCUCAGCAGUUCCGACAAACAGCGGGUGCAUUUCGAAACGCUCGGCCUUGACAUCGACUUUGAAGACGGCGAGAAGAUCUAUUUCUACGAGGGGCCGAACACCAGCUGCAAGUGGAACCUGGGACAAGUGCGCCGCCUAGUGGAGAAGAGCGGCUUUGCAGUAGAUGCCUACUGGACCAAUGAUGAGGACAAUUAUUGUGUCUUCUGCCUGGAACCAACAGAUUUUCCUCCUAUAUAACUAUUAUUAGUUUCUUGAUGCACUCUAAUCGGUCAUACAUGCAGGGACGGAGGCGUGGCGAACCCUGUCUUGUAUUAAGCUAGUAGAAAUGGUC